GAGAGGGCAAGCGGCGGCGCUCCCUCAGUCAGCCGGUGGCGUCUCCUCCCUCUAUCGCGCGCCGCUGCUGCCAACUCGCCUCUGUCGCUGCUGCUGCUGCUCUUGUGACUCCCGCUGUUGCUGUUGCUGCCCCAUUGCUGCUCAGCCGCUACUGCUGCUCUCACCCGAAUCUGUUGCUAACCCAGAGCGCUUGCACUCGCUCCUCAUCUCACUCUGCUGACUUCACUGAUCGUCUCCUGCUCUCUUAUCUGCUGCUAAACUACCACAUGUGGAGUCGAGGAACCGCGAGACUUUUUCCCCUCGGCGGAAAGAUGACACUGCUGUCAUAGGUCAGCUCGCCCAAGCGGCUGACAGGCUACAGUACGUCUUCACAACCUCGUCUCCUCAACAUCCUUUUCUUCACUCAACCUCGAGCGCUGUGCCUGUGAGGUUGCUCUAUUUUGUGACAGUGCGAAAGACUAAUUUUCAUAUCAUUUUCCUUCAGUUCCUUUUCUUUAUCUCCCCGUUGUGAUACCCAAAAAUGCAAAACACAAACAAAACGCUCCUAGAAAGGAGAGGUGUUCCGAGCCCGCUCCGACCCGCUUCCUAAGGAAGUCGCGUCGAGGCCCUGUGGUUAUCGUCGUGGCGGUCCCUCAAGUACUGCCGACUGCGUGUAAUGAGCAUCUGAUCCAGCUCCACGCACCAGUGAUAAGUGCGAGCAUACGUAUCCUUUCGCCGUGACCAUCUGCACAGAGGACUGCGCCAAAGGGUGAUGCUGUUCAGAGGGCCUUGGGUGGUGCGCCGCCAACGCCUCCUCCUGCCACGCCUACUGACCUCAGCAUCUUAACGCCUGCUAGACCUCUGCCUUCAUCAUGCUUCAGGUGCCCGAGAUUCGAGCGCCUGACGAGGAGGCGGAUGAGGACGAUAAAACCUCCUCCUCCGGGCCUCUGAGCCUCUCCUCUCCGGCGAUCUCUGUGCCCGCCGUGUCCCUCCACGUACCUUCGGAUGACUCUUCUCCCGCCGGCGAUGACCCCUGCGUCACCCUGCAAGUGCCUUGCAUGGGGGACAUGCCUCCGGGCCGUUUGGAGCCACCGCGGUCUCUCCACCUCUCGCUCCCGCCCUUCCCUCAGCCCAACAUCCCCAGCCUUCUGCAGGUGCCUGGAUUCCACGGUCCUCGGAGGAGACACUCCUGGAUAUGCGGCCAUGCUAUCACUGUGAUAAUGGACUGGAUCUUGUGCUGUGCUGUUGGUAUAGACAGUUUCGAGCCUAGGAACAAUGGACCCGCCCCUGCUUCUGAGAAGGUGCGAGUAGCCUGGAAACCCACUGAGCAGACAAGUUUUGCAUAG